GUCCUCCGAUGAAUUUAUGAGGCGAGAUACCUUAAAAGUCAAACUAAGGGCCCACGUGCACAAAGAGAGCUUUGAAGAAGAGUUUUCGGUUCUCUCAGAGAGCCUGCAAUUUGGGAUCUUUCGCCGUUAAUGGAAAGUGUGGGUUUUCUGAGGAGUUGACCCCUAAACAUUUCCAAGCUUGGAUUUUUUUGGGAGGGGUUUAUUUGUUCACAAGUGGGGCAUUUAUUGUGUAUUUAGUUUUGGAGUGGGUUUCAGGUUUCAAGAAUCGAUUGGAAGGGGGAGGGGGGUUGUUGUAGGGUGUGUUUGGGUGGUUGACGGUGGAAAUUGGAGGGUUUUUUGAAUUGGGGAUCUCCAAUUUCUCCAUUCUUUCCAAGAAAUUGAAGUUUUUGAAGGGUAUUUCUGUGAAAUUGGAGGGAGGGUGGAAGUUUAGGGUAAGGGUUUUCAGCAUUGUGGAGAGGAAUGGCUUGUAUGAAGCUGGGAUCUAAGGCAGAUGGGUUCCAGAGGAAAGGGCAAGCUUGGUUCUGCACAACUGGUCUCCCAAGUGAUAUUGUUGUUGAGGUUGGCGAAAUGUCCUUCCAUCUCCACAAGUUCCCAUUGCUUUCAAGAAGUGGAGUUAUGGAAAGACUUAUUGCAGAGGCAUCCGAAGAGGGAGAAGACGGUUGUUGUGUGAUUCAGCUCCAUGAUGUUCCCGGUGGGGCCAAAACUUUUGAACUCGUGGCUAAGUUCUGCUACGGCGUAAAGCUCGAACUCACUGCAGCGAAUGUCGUGCACCUAAACAGCGCCGCUGAGCAUCUUGUGAUGAGCGAAGAGUAUGGGGAGGGGAAUCUUAUUUCCACAACCGAAACGUUUCUUAACCAAGUUGUCCUGCGAAGCUGGAAAGACUCACUGAGAGCUCUCCAAUCGUGCGACGCGGACCAACUCCACAUUGCAAAGAGGUGCAUUGAUUCACUGGCAGCAAAGACGGGUACUGACCCGAACCUAUUCGGAUGGCCCGUUACCGAGCUCAGCGGGCCCAUGCAAAGCCCGGGAGGGAGUGUCUUGUGGAAUGGGAUAAGCACGGGCGCGAGGCCCAAAACUUCAAGUUCGGAUUGGUGGUACGAGGACGCGUCAACCCUAAGCUUGAGCCACUACAAACAACUGGUUUCAGCUAUGGAGUUGCGUGGCAUUAGCCAAAAGACAAUCGCCGGUUCCCUUUGUUACUAUGCGAAAAAACACCUACCCGGGCUGAACAGGCGUCAAACAAGUGCUGAGCCCAUUGGCUACCAAGGAAGGAUGGGUUCUGAAGAGGAGCAGAAGGCUUUGUUGGAGGAGAUGGAGAGGUUACUUCCCAUGCAAAAAGACAUGGUCCCGCCGAAAUUCCUCUUCGGGCUUCUUAGGACCGCGAUGAUUCUCAGGACGGACCCCACUUGCGUGUCGAACUUGGAGAAAAGGGUAGGGAUGGAACUCGAUGGGGCCACUCUUGAGGACCUCUUGAUGCCCACUUUCUCCCAUUCCAUGGAGACUCUGUACAACGUCGACUGCGUGCAGCGGGUUCUUGAGCAUUUCUUGGCAAUGGAUCAGGGGGCAGGCGAAGAGUCGCCGCCGUGCUCGGCGGUUGAUGACGGGCAGGUGGUGGGGCCCGCGUCGCUGACGCCGAUCACUACGGUGGCCAAGCUCAUUGAUGGGUACCUUGCUGAGGUGGCACCGGACGUGAACUUGAAGCUUCCCAAGUUUCAGUCUCUUGCUGCUGCUGUUCCCGAAUACGCGAGGCCCUUGGAUGACGGCCUCUAUCGCGCCAUCGACAUCUAUCUAAAGUCGCACCCGUGGUUGCCCGAAUCCGACCGGGAAAGCCUGUGCAGGCUGAUGGACUGCCAGAAGCUGUCCUUAGAGGCUUGCACCCACGCAGCGCAGAACGAAAGGCUGCCUUUGAGGGUCAUAGUCCAAGUCCUCUUCUUCGAGCAGCUCCAGCUGAGGACAUCGAUCGCCGGCUGCUUCCUGGUGUCGUCGGAAAACCUCCAGGACAGAGGCGGCGGCGGUGUGGGACCCACCGCGGCGGCGGCGGCGGAAGGAGGGUGCUGGGCAACGGCGGUGAGGGAAAACCAGGUCCUGAGAGUGGGGAUGGACAGCAUGAGGCUCCGCGUGUCCGAGCUGGAGAGGGAGUGCUCCCUCAUGAGGCAGGAGAUUGAGAAGUUGGGCCGCGGCACCGCCAAGGCGGCGCCGCCUGCGGUGGGGCCCACCACCGGCGGCGGCGGCGCGUGGGCCCACGUCUCGAAGAAGCUCGGCUUCAAACUGAAGUCGUCUCAGAUGUGCCGUGCCCAGGAGGGGUCGGUUAGCAACCAGAACAGCACGGCGGACGCUCUCAAGCCCGACAAUGCAAAGGGGAAAACCCGCGCGAAACACAAGAAAAACGUAUUUAUAGAUCAAUGAAUGAAAACGUUCUUCAUCAUCUUCAUCAUCUUCUCGUUCAAGGUUUAUAAGAUCCAUCUGGGAAUAUUAGGGUUCUUCGAGGGUGUUUGCGGUUGUGUUUAAAGAUUGUUUUUGAGUUUGUGUUUUGUAAUCUGUUUCUGCUUGUAGAAGUGCUUCUAAGAAAAGCUAAUAUUGAUGUGUUUAAUAAUCAUUCGUUAACAUUAACUUUCUGAGUUCAGUGUAUUGUAUGUAACUAUGUAGUGCUAUCCAAAAGUCAUAAAAAUCAACAAAAUCUCUAUGUAAUU